AUGUCAUACGAACCGCUAUUGCACAAGCUAAUACGCCAUACACUGCGCCUUUUUUACCAGCCACAUCAUUGUGUCAUAAUGGACAUUCUCUUGGAGAAGUUAUUGCUCCGAGAAAGUGAAAUAUGCAGUGCCAUGAAGAUGCUGAGCAAGGAGUUCAACAAACUAAUAGUAAGGUUGAAGGAAGACAGGCUAAUCAAACAAGAAAGUAAAAUUGAAACUACUAUUGAUGGACGACAGCUUCUCCAGCAGAUAUACUACAUAGACUAUAGGGAGAUUAAAGAUAUCAUAAAAUACAAAAUAUACAAGAUGAGCACAGAGAUAAACGAGCAUUUACGUGAACAGCAACAGCAAAUAGGAUAUAUGUGUGCGGAAUGCAAAACUGAGUACUCCGUUCUUGAGGCGCAGUCGCUUGUCAAAAAUUACCGGUUUAUCUGUCCGGACUGUAACACCGAGCUGAUUGAAAAUAGGAAUACGGAAGUUGAUCCACACGAAUUGCAUGCGCUCAUGAUGAACGAUUUGAAGGAUAUUAUUGACAUGCUUAAGCAGGCUGAUAACUACAACAUCCCAACAAUCGAUUAUUUCCAGGCUCUGGAAAUGAAGAAAAACAAAGAAAUGAAAGCUGGUGUGGCGGUGAAUAGAACAGAUGAGAGCGCAAGAGAGGGUGAAGAGGUUGCUGAUACUAGGGGAUACGAGGCAUCGUACACUUUUGAGGAACUCUCAGGAAUAGAGAAAAAAACAGAAGGUUAUGAAGCAGUAAAUGGUGAGGAACUGGGUAAGAUGGCAUUGAAUGAAAUGUUAUCAAAGAAGGAUGAGUCGUUGGUCACCGAUAAGUCGCUUGAGGAAGAAAUAUUCUUGAACACAACCCGGUCUGACGAUGUUGAGAAGAGUGAGCAACAUCUUUUGGAUGUACAAAACGAGAUUAUGAUCCGGGUUAGUGGUGUCUCAAAGGCAUUUUCUGCUGUAACCGAGGAAGACAAAGAAAAGAUGACGGAGGAAGAGUAUGAAACGUACUUUGAAGUCUUCUUAAAGCAGAACGAGUAG